AUGGAAACUUCGAUUUCUCUGCAAGAAUUACAAAAGCACAACAAAGUCGACGAUGCUUGGAUAGUAAUCAAUGGAAAGGUAUUACUUCUGAAGGUUUUGUUAACGAUAAAUCUCUUUUAUUGUAAGAUGCUAAUCUUUGCUUACGGUAGGUCGAAACAAUCAAACUGCAUGCCGGUGAGCUUCAGUAAAAGACAAAUAAAUGUCUUAACGGUGCCAGAGUGGGGAUUUUUUGUCUGGUUAGCGAUCGAGGCCUACAAUAGUGCACACAGUAUGCUGUUCUUUAUAUAAGGGAACAAUCAACAGCCUUUUUUGAAACGUCAGAUCGCAGCAUAGUCUUCCUCUCAAAGACAAGACGGGUCUUCCUCCCAGCCGUUUUUAGUGACGUCACGCAACGCUACCCCCCACCUAACAAGCGUUGCGUGAUGACACUACUAAUCGUGGGAAAAUUCAAAUUAACCCCUGAGGGAGACCAAUGUGGGCAACUCUUGCCUAAUUACAUAGAGAAGCUGCUCACAAUGAUUUGAACAACUCUACACAACAAUUUUUUUUAGCUUAUCGUUACUACAAUAUUAAAAUGGUACUCAAAAAAGGCCCAAGGAUUAAAAAAGUAUGGUAUUAUUUUUCCCACAUUAUUACAGCAAUAGUAUAGCUUUUACAAUCUUCAGGAGUUUUUAGUCAUCUUCAGUAACUUUUGGAAGUUGCCAGAACUUCUUUUGCAUUGUUUAGGAGUCAUCUGAACAUUCUUAUGGAUACAAAAAAACUUACUCAGGAAAAGAUUGCUGAUAGAUAAUUUCCAAAUACUGUGCAUUAAGUAAAAUAUUGUUUGAGUGAGACCUGUAACUGUUGUAAUUAAAAAUAUAAAUAAUCCCAGCUUUCGCUGAUCAACCGCAUCAUCAGGGAUGAGAAAAUAUUCUGCAUAGAGCUAUAUGUAUAAAAAGUUGGUGUAAAGUAAAAUGCAUGAAAAGCAUGAGAAUGAGGCAAAGUAUGAGAGGCAUAAACAAAAAAUUUGAAAUAAUCUAAUGAGCAAGUGUCACAGAGUCUCUCAAAUGUAAGAAGAUAGUCUCUAAAACUAUUAAGGUUGCUUGACAUAUGUGUUAUUGACCAAGCAUGAGGUCAAGAUGGCUGGAUAUUAGCAGAUUUCUUUUUUGCAUUUUUGUUGAGGUCUAUAUAAAUGCAGAAAAGAAUCACGUCAAUAUUUAGCCAUCUUGACCGAACGAGCUUGGUCAAUAAGGAUUCAUUAUAAUGGCCAAAAAAGAUCUUUUACUUGCAGGACCAAUGCGGGAAAUCCUGAGUGGGCAAGAUGAGCCCAUCUUGGCCGCUUGGGUAGCCAAUCAGAAUGCAGGAUUCCCUUCAUCUAAGUUUCUGUUCGUUGAUUCAGCCAUAUAACAAUGUGACAUAUUGCAUUAUCAGGUGUAUGAUGUCUCGGAUUAUGUGACCACUCAUCCUGGACAGGAAGCCAUUCUCAAAAAUGUUGGUGGAGACUCAACACAGGGGUUUACCCAACAACCUGCACAUAGAGUUGUAAAAAACCAUAUUUCAUCUCUGCUGGAAAAGUUUUAUGUAGGUGACUUAUCACCAACAGAUGUAAAACGUGGUGGACCAACUUAG